UGAGGAUUUGACCGGACUACAUUUAACGUGGCACGCUGUCAUAACUACAAAUCGUGGGACUGUAAAGCUCUUUGAGGGAGCAAAGUUGUCAAUACGAGGUAUUUUUUUUUCACGCUUUUUGUAAAUUAAUAACUUCCCGUGAUCACCCACCAGUUAAGCUUACAUAAUGGAGGAGGAGGAUGAUUGUCCAGAGUUGGUGCCCAUUGACAGCCAGCCUGGUCCCGCAGCUCGGCAGAUCCCCGUCACCAUCAUCACCGGCUACCUGGGUGCCGGGAAAACCACGCUGCUGAAUUAUAUCUUGACGGAACAACACAAUAAACGGAUUGCUGUCAUUCUCAAUGAGUUUGGAGAAGGGAGCGCUCUUGAGAAGUCGCUGGCAGUGAGUCAAGCAGGGGAGCUGUAUGAGGAGUGGCUGGAGCUGAGAAAUGGCUGCCUUUGCUGCUCUGUCAAGGACAAUGGGCUCAAAGCCAUUGAAAACCUGAUGGAGAAGAAAGGGAAAUUUGACUACAUUCUUUUAGAAACAACAGGACUUGCUGAUCCAGGAGCCGUAGCCUCCAUGUUUUGGGUCGACGCAGAACUCGGCAGUGAUGUCUACUUAGAUGGGAUUGUGACAGUCAUUGAUGCCAAAUAUGGGCUUCAGCAACUAAAAGAGGAAAAAGCAGAAGGGCUUGUCAAUGAGGCAUCCAGACAGGUUGCUCUUGCUGACCUCACCAUUAUCAAUAAGACAGAUCUGGUGGAGGAGGAGGAACUGAACCAAGUUCGAGACACUGUCAGGUCUAUAAAUGGUCUUGUUAAGAUUUUAGAGACCCAGAGAUCAAGAGUGGACCUCUCUGACGUUCUGGAUCUGCAUUCAUUUGACUGUCAGGACGGAGCAAAACUCACUGAGAAGCUCCAGCUUGUGACACCGACCAGACCACACCUGGACAAGAGUAUUUUAACUGCGACGUUUGAGGUGACGGGAGACCUCUGUGAAGAUGCCCUAAAUACCUUCAUCCAAGAUCUGCUUUGGGAAAAGAAGUUCUGUAACAAAGCAGGGGAGCCCAUGAGUGUCAUCCGGCUGAAGGGUAUAGUAUCAUUUGCAGGCAAAGCGCACCAAGUAAUGCUGCAGGGGGUCCAUGAGCUAUACGAGUUAAAUGAGACUCCACAACUCUGGGAGGAAAACCCGCACACGAACAGGCUGGUCUUUAUAGUUAUUCUCUACUUUCUGUCAAAGUAUCACAAAAUUUCCCAAAAUACAUUGAAGUCCGUUAUUGUAACAGAAAUGAGAACAUGUUUGAGGAAAGAACCUGGACAAGAACAUCCUGCAGGAGAUUUUUAUUUCUGCUGUUGUGAUGGAUGGAGUUAAAAAAGCUGGGGUUUGAAGCUCCUUUGUGGAAAAUCUCUGUAGUUGGUUGUGUAGUAAAAAGGUUAUAGCAGAUUUCAUAGAACAGAUUAUGCUUCUCAAACUUUAUUUUCUUCUAUGGAUGACCGAAGGGAAGAAUAGAAAGUAAAGAUAACUGCAACUUCUUUAACUUAUUAUAUUUAAUCACAACCUCUACUAAAGAAAAAGCUAGAGUUGGAAAUAGUGAAAAACUAAAGUGAAAAAAAAUGUCUAACUCCUAAAGGAUUAAAGAGAGUGAUUAACAUAUUGCACUUUUUAAAGGAAACUUUAAAUGAGCUUGCCAGUAUUUAGAUUUCUGACACUCAAUUGGACUUCUAUCCAUAUGUCAGACUUUUAUCAGUUCUGUAUUUUGGAAUUAAUUUAAAUAAAAUUUUCUUCAAAAUUU